AAGAUGGACGUCAGUAUAAAUACAGAGCUUGAAAAGUGCACAUCAAGGCCAAAGUUGAUACUUUUAGAAGCCAAAUUUCAGCGCAAAUCGUGGAGAAUCAGUUCGAAAUUUUGGAGAGGCCCAGAUCCAUUUUCCUAUUUGCCCCCUUGAUGUUAUAUCCCAUUCAUUAGGACGAUAUUGCACCUAGAGUAGAAGCCGAUGUUGCUGUCCUUCACGUUGAAUCAACUGUCACUCAGCACAAGUCAACACCAGCGUCCUUCUAAGGCCAAGUUAGAUCUCUAAAAUGUUAAAAGUUUGACAUUGUCAUAUUGAAAUAUGGCUACCAGGUUGGAUCGUUUAUUUCUGCUGUUAGAGACAGGAAGUACCCCUGUUGUAAGACGCUCCGCAGCAGAGCAGUUAGGGGAAGUUCAGAGGCUGCACCCCCAUGAACUAAACAACCUGCUCUCUAAGGUUCACACAUACCUAUGUAGUUCUAGCUGGGAUACUAGAAUAGCAGCAGGACAAGCUGUCCAGGCCAUAGCGAAACAUGUUCCCCAAUGGAACCCAAAACCUGCAGUACAUCAAGAAAAUGUUAAUGAGCCAGAAAAGAAGUUAGAUUCCAGGUUCUCUGUCCUGUCACAGUUUGACAUCAGGAAAGUCUUGCAGAAAGGUGCAUCUCUACUGGGAUCUGCUGGUAAAGAGUAUGAACUGGAAGACACUGCUACAGGUCUUGAUCAAAAGGAACGGUUGAGUAAACAGCGCCAACUAUUGAACAAAAGAUUAGGCCUAGAUGUCGCCGGUGGUCUUGGUAUGCAGACAACAGAUUUAUUUGCAGAUGAAGAUCUUGUUACUAAUGGCAACAGAGAUGCUAAACCAGGCCCAAGUCAGGUGCAAGUUGGUGACCUGGUUGAACAGCAGAUGUUGUCUACUGUUGCUACUGGAGACAUGAGUUCCCGAGAGAUCAACAAAGCCAAAAGAAAAGCCAAACUCCUUGCUAAACAGAUAUCUAGAGACUUCCAAACCAAUGGUGGAAGCAACAAUAAGUCUCUUGAUGAACCAGCUGUUAAACUACGUAAAACCAGCAGUGUAGUUGUCGAUCAGCCUGCAGAUGACAACAAAGUAGUCAUUGACAAUGUGCCAAAUGAUAUCAUCGACUUGGAUGAGCUGGAUGAUUGGCAGUUUGAAUCAUUCUGUGAGGUUCUGACCAAUGAUCUCUUUAACCCUCUAUGGGAGGUACGUCACGGUGCUGCAAUCGGCCUGCGUGAAAUCAUGAAACUACAUGGUGCAGGUGCUGGCAAGCUGGUGAAUAGAACAUUAGAAGAGCUGCACACAGACAACCAGAGUUGGUUGGAGGAUCUCUCUGUGAGGUUAUGCUGUGUACUUGCCCUAGAUAAGUUUGGUGACUAUGUCUCUGAUGAGGUUGUAGCUCCAGUGAGAGAGAACUGUGCACAAACUCUAGGUGUUGUCUUACGUCACAUGGCUCCCAGUGGUAUAGCAGGUGUACUUGGCAUAAUCAUGCAGUUAUUGGGCCAGGCCCAGUGGGAAGUCAGACAUGGGGGUCUGCUUGGACUAAAGUACAUGCUAGCUGUUCGACAAGAUAUGACCUCACAACUGUUGCCAUCGGUGAUGUGGGCUGUCUAUGCAGGUCUUAAUGAUGGGGAUGAUGAUGUUAGAGCUGUGGCAGCUGCAGCACUCCUACCUGUCAUAGAUUCCCUAAUCAAUACUCUGCCAAUGGAGGUUCCUAAAUUAAUCCUAUGUCUCUGGGAUAUAUUACUUGAUUUGGAUGAUUUGACAGCUUCUACAAAUUCUGUAAUGACCUUACUCUCAGCACUGCUGUCCAAGCCUCUGCAGUCUACUUCAAGUCUAUCAAACCUCCAAGAUCUUGUGCCAAGAUUGUGGCCAUUUCUGCGUCAUAACAUCAGUUCUGUACGUCGUGCCUCUCUCGACACACUCCAUACAAUUCUGUGCCAGUCUGGAAACACAUCUGAUUGGCUGCCACCUAUUCUCCUGGACACAUUGAGGCAUAUCUACCAGAGGGCGCUACUAGAAUACAAUGAUAGCCUACUUGAGCACAUUUAUAAGGUAUGGUGUGCAGUGUUGGAAAAAUCACCACUGGACAUAUUAGUACAAACUGCUUGUCCCUGGUUGAAUAUGUGCCUAUGCCAAAUGAUGCAGCCGCUGAACACUCCCUUUGAUCCAAACUUCAUAAUACAGGCUCAACACAGAACAAAGGACAUGUGUCAUAGCAGUAGAGGACAUCAAACCAGUGAGAAUCCUGCUAAAAAGCAACAAGAUUACAUCGCAGGGUAUGAGUCAUUUACGCUGCUCCCGGCUGAUCGGGACAUCAGAGUUAUACGGUCACGCCUCUUAGCUACUAGAAUGUUGGGUCAACUGUCAUUCUACAUCACAAAGCCAGUGACAUUUCUCCCUGAGGGUGUUGAACUUCCGAUAGAAUCUCUUGCCAAACUUCUUGUAUUUCACCUCACCAACAAAUCUGCUGUUCAAAGGUUCACAGUUGCUGAGAUGAUCAUACAUUGGACUAAGGAUAAGAUACUGGAGUGUCCAGAUGUGAUAAAGAGCAAGUUGUUAGAGUGUGCCAAUGAGGCUAUCUACUUUGAUGAGAUAGCUCUAAUGUUUGCAAGGCUACAGAAUGAGUGUAAAGACUUCAUGGCAGGUCUCAAGCAGGCAGGGGUUGAUGUACAGCCAAUCAUUAAUGCAGGGGCUGUCUUGACUCUGGACCAGGCUACAUUACUGGCUACCACAGUGUAUGAGAGUGUGAAGAAUCAAAUCAAACCAAAAGCUCACAUCCCAAUGUUUGAUAGCAGAUGCUCCGCUUUACUGAACACAGUCACACAGACCAGUAAAGAACAGCAGAUACUCAGUAUCAGGGUCCAAGGGAGUAUAGCAGGUACUCUGGUUAUCCUCAACCACUUACCAGAAAAACUCAACCCAGUUGUACGACCUCUCAUGGAUAUUAUUAAAAAAGAAGAAAAUGUUCAACUGCAAAAACAGGCCUCUGAGAGAUUGGCCCUGUUGAUUGAGCAAUGUUGUAAGCGGUCUCAACCUCCUACGGCAAAGAUCAUGAAAAAUCUGUGCACAUUUUUGUGCAGUGAUACUACAUGUACUCCUUCCAUAUCAACCAGUCAGGAAAGCCUUGUUGCUCAAUCUCCUUAUGCAGAUAUGUACUCCGGAAUUUUAACAUUAGAUUCAAUAAGUAAGAAUGCUGAAAAAAGUGCCAAAAGUACAAGGGGACGUAAACCUUUAGCUCUAAACACAGACUCAAUAUGUACUGCUGGAACUCCUGAGAAUUCUAUACAACGAAGAGGAGCUCAGUUUGCAUUGACUGCCUUGGCAGGACAUUUUGGCGAUGGCCUUGCUGAUGAAGUUCCAAGUUUCUGGGUCACAGCAAUACAUGGUCUCUCUGUUGAGGAGAAACAAGAUUCUGAAACCAGAGACAAAACUGAAGCAAUAGAGUUAGUCAAUUCACUUCAAGUAUUGGAGACUAUAGCAUCAUCUCUGACAGAGAGUCUACUGAAACAGGUUUUGGCAAGAUUGCCUCAGUUGUGCUCCAGAUUAAACAAUCCCUUCUCUGCUGUUCGCCACAUGGCAUCACGUUGUCUGGGGAUGCUCAGUCGCAUAGCAACCAGUGAAACUCUCAGUUACACCCUUGAGCACAUUCUCCCUCUAUUGAGUGCCUCACACAAUGAUACUAAGAGACUAGGUGCUAUUGAGGCUGUUACAAACAUUAUCAAUGCCCUUGAAGUGGAGAUUGUGCCAUAUGUUGUAUUGUUAGUGGUACCAGUCCUAGGGUGUAUGAGUGACCAGAACAUUGGUGUGAGACUCAUGGCAACACAGUGCUUUGCAACUCUUAUACGAUAUAUGCCCCUUGAGGCUGGUGUACCAGACCCACCAAAGAUGGCGCCUAAAUUAAUUGAACAGAAAGAUCUUCAGAGGAAGUUCUUGGAACAGCUCCUAGAUGGCAGUAAAAUAGAUGACUACAAGGUUCCUAUUCCCAUAAAAGCAGAAUUAAGAAAAUAUCAACAGGAUGGUGUAAACUGGUUGGCCUUUCUGAACAAGUACAAGCUUCAUGGGAUCCUCUGUGAUGACAUGGGGCUGGGGAAGACACUUCAAUCUAUAUGCAUUUUGGCUGGAGACCACUUUAAUAGACAACAAAAAUACAAGGAAGUUGGUUCUGAAGACUGCAAACCCCUACCUUCUAUAGUGGUCUGCCCCCCUACAUUGACAGGACAUUGGGUGUAUGAGGUAGAGAAAUUUGUCAGCCCAGAGCACCUGCACCCUCUGCACUACACAGGUCCACCUAAUGAGAGGUUAAGGCUACAAAAGGAAGCUAAGCAGCACAAUCUUGUUGUAGCAUCAUAUGAUAUUGUCCGGAAUGAUAUUGAAUUCUUUAGCACUUUGAAGUGGAAUUACUGCAUACUGGAUGAAGGUCAUAUUAUUAAGAAUGGCAAAACAAAGAUCUCUAAGGCAGUGAAACAACUGAACUGCAACCACAGGGUGAUUCUCUCAGGUACUCCCAUACAAAACAACGUCCUUGAACUCUGGUCAUUAUUUGAUUUUCUUCUCCCUGGAUUCCUUGGCUCGGAAAAACAAUUCAAUGCCCGAUAUGGAAAGCCGAUCCUGCAGAGUCGAGAUGCCAAGAGUUCAUCGCGGGAUCAAGAGGCAGGGGCACUGGCUAUGGAUGCCCUGCACCGACAGGUGUUGCCAUUCUUACUAAGGAGGCUGAAAGAGGACGUGUUACAAGACCUACCACCCAAAAUUAUUCAGGAUUAUUAUUGUGAUCUCAGUCCACUACAGGUAACCCUGUACGAGGAUUUCUCAAAAAGUCGUGCCAAACAAUCAGUUGAUGACGGUGUUAGAGCUGGCCAGACUUCUCAGGUCAAUGUUCAGACCACUACACAUGUCUUUCAGGCAUUACAAUAUCUCCGUAAAGUGUGCAACCAUCCUUCAUUGGUAUUAACCAAUCAGCAUCCACAAUACAAGACCAUCAUGCAGAAUCUGCGCCAAACAGGUGUUAGUCUUAAUAGCAUACAACAUGCAGCAAAACUGGUUGCACUCAAGCAACUGUUGUUAGACUGUGGUAUAGGAGAGGGGAGUGAGGAGAGUCCAGUUGUAAACCAACACAGAGUCUUACUAUUUUGUCAACAGAAAACCAUGCUGGAUAUCAUAGAGAAAGAUUUAUUCAAGAGUCACAUGCCCAGUGUUACAUACUCAAGGCUAGAUGGAACAGUGCCAGCAGGAAAUAGACACUCGCUUGUCAGCAGGUUCAACAAUGAUCCGUCCAUAGAUGUGCUUCUAUUGACAACCCAUGUAGGUGGCCUUGGCUUGAACCUGACUGGAGCUGAUACUGUCAUAUUUGUAGAACAUGAUUGGAACCCAAUGAAGGACCUUCAAGCAAUGGACCGCGCCCAUCGUAUUGGACAGAAAAAAGUGGUUAAUGUGUAUCGCCUCAUCACUCGUGGUACUUUGGAGGAGAAAAUCAUGGGGUUGCAGAAGUUCAAACUGAAUAUUGCAAAUACUGUGAUCAGUCAAGAGAACUCAAGUCUACAAACUAUGGGAACAGACCAGUUGUUAGACCUCUUCUCAUUGGACAAUAAGACCAAAGGAAGCACCCUUGGCCAAAAAUCUGACGAAUCAAAAUCUGUGAAACAGGAAUCAAUGGCUAAAAUGUUGGACAAUUUAGGUGAACUUUGGGAUGAAAAGCAAUAUGACAAUGAAUAUGAUCUGAGCAGUUUCAUGAAAUCUUUGUCAUAAAACUGGAACAAAUUGCAAAAGACCUUUCCAAUAAAUCCUGUUCCUUUGGUGAACCAAGGAAAC